AUGAAGUAUGUGUGCGGGCCUGAGGUGGCAGACUUCAUAAGGGAGUGCUCGGAAAGAGAAGCCGGCGGGGAAGUGGAGGAGAUGUGCCAGAGGCUUGGGCUUGAGUAUUUGGAGCUUGGGAGGAAGAUAGCGGAGUUUGGGGAGGCGGCUGGAAACAGCGCCUGCAGCUUUGAGGUCCGGAAGAGGCUUGCGAUUGAGGUGGUUGAGAGGUCGUUGAAGGUGAACGAGCUUUUGAUGAGGAUAGACAUGGAGUUUGGAUUCUGCGAGGAGGAUCUGAAGAGUAUUGACGAGGUCUGCAAGCACUGCCGCAACCAGGUUGGGCGGGAGCUUAGGUUCAGGAGCUACGACGACAAGGUUCGCAAUCUUGAUGUGAUCUGCUAUUAA